AUGUCGCAGCAACAGGGCCAGCAACUCGCGACGCUCUCGCCUCAGCAGCUCCAGGGCCUGAGCGAGCAGCUCGAGCAGGACAUCAACCAGCUCACGGAGUCGCUCGCGAGCCUUCAAAAAGCCAUCGGGCGCUACCACACGAGCGGCCGAGCGCUCGAGGCGAUGAAGGAGGAGACCGAGGGCAAGGAGAUGCUCGUGCCGCUGACCGGGUCUCUGUAUGUCCCGGGGAAGUUGGGGAGCGUGGAUAAGGUCCUGAUGGACAUCGGGACGGGGUACUUCGUGGAGAAGAGCCCGGAGCAGGGCGUGGAUUACUGCAAGCGAAAGAUCAACCUCGUGCGCGAGAACAUGGAGAAGCUCAUCGAGGUCAUCACGGAGAAACGGAAGCAGGCGAUGCAGGUGACGCAGACGUUUCAGGCGAAGAUGCAGGCGAUGGAGGCGCAGGCGGCGAAGCAGAACGAAGUCGGCGCGUGACGUGAUAACCGUAUUAGUUAGCGCAACCCCGAGCGAGCGAGGGAAAAGAGCGUUUAUUU